CCUCUGUGCGCUCCACUGUUUGCAUUGUGUCUGAACUGCCGGUGAGCUUUAAAAAUAUUUUAGCACCGCGGCAAUGUCGGGCAGGUCGGUCCGAGCGGAGACCCGCAGCCGGGCGAAGGAUGACAUCAAGCGGGUCAUGGCCGCCAUCGAGAAAGUACGGAAAUGGUAAGAGCGCUGCUUCAUCAGAUACCUCAGAGAGAGCACAAAGUGCCAAGAGGGACAGCCUGUCCUCAGGGGACAAGGACUCUUCAGACAGCAAAGCCACUCAGGACCUACAUGACGAGGCCCCGCCCAGCAAGAAAAGCAAAAUGGAGUCCUCAUCUCAGGACUUUGAGGAGAGUUAAACGUUUGAAGCCACAUCUCCUCCUCCUGUUUCCUUCCAUCUGUACCUCCUUCCAUUACUCUAGAUAAUUUAGGGCUAAUGGACACACCAACUUUUCUCACUCUUUCGUUUCCUCCUUUUCUCCACCCGGUCUCCAAAACCAAAGGGAGGCUGGACGUCAC